CUCCCACGUCUUGAUUGGCCGUCUUGGCUGCAAUCCUCUUGAAUGAUUUCAAACCAAAGUGUUUGGACAAGGAGGAGGGGGUCCGCUGCUAAUUCCGAGCUAGCUGUGUGGAAAAGGCUUGAGUCCUCCGUCCACCGACCCACCAAAGCCUGAGCAGAGAGGCUUCACCCAAGGAGCGUCGUUUACGGUGAAACGCACUGCCGCUGAGAAAAGUAGGCUUUUAUAUACAGAGAGAGGUGUCGCGUUUACUUCAAUGGUCGCCGUUUUCGUGUGAAACGAGAUUUAAUUUGUAUUCAGGUUUCUUGCUUUUUUGUUUCCCAUCGUUUUGAAUGGAGCGAUGUCCAGCGGAGACGGCGCACAUUGCGAUUGGACGCGGUGUGUUGUGUUGACAGGACUCUGCAUCUGGGACCUGAUUGAAAAUAAUUGGUUAUCAUUUUUAAAAAAACAAAGCAUGUGCUUUCGUUAUUGACGGAAUGUGAGUAACCAUCACUACAUUCCCAGAUCCAUAAAGGAUUUUCCUUUAGAAAUAUAUUGAGGGUAUCAGUUCAUGCACAGGUUGCGCUAGCAUCACGUUAAUAUUUUGCUCUUUUAUUAUUGGCUUUUGAAACAGGAUAGUAAAAUAGUACGAUGCUUUCAUACUUUGAACGAUGCAUUCUUAUUUUAACACAAUUCCGCAACUGAGGCUUGGUUAAUUGAGUUUCGACAGUUAAUUGCAAGCCACCCUUGAAACGAAUUGAGACUCUCAGCCAGGGCAGUCAUGGCUAAAAAUCCGUCCGAGGGGCCCCGGGAUGACCUAAGCCAGCUGACGGACGAGGAGCUGCUGCGGUGCAGCAAAGAGGAGCUGAUCCGGAGAUUAAGGAGGGUUGACGGCGAGAAAAUGAACUUGAUGAUCGAGCAUGGCAACAUGAUGAAAGACAUCAACCGCCGGCUGCAGGUGCACCUGCACGAAAUCCGCAGCUUGAAGGAAAUCAACCAGAAGCUGCAGGACGACAACCAUGAGCUCCGGGAGCUCUGCUGCUUCCUGGACGAUGACCGACAGAAGGGCAAGAAGCUGUCCCGGGAGUGGCAGCGCUUUGGCCGCUAUACUGCCAGUGCCAUGUGGAAGGAGGUGGGCACCUACAUGAUGAAGCUGAAGGAACUGGAGGCCAACCAGGAGACUGUGCUGAGGGAGAACACAGAGCUGAAGGAGAUCAUCCUCAUGCUGGAUGAGGAGAGGAACGGAGCAGGGUCGAGGAGCUCCAUAGACAGUCAGUCCAGUUUGACCAACCUGAACGGGGGUACAGGCACGGUCAGGGAUGUCGGCGAUGGGAGUAGUACGUCCAGCACAGGUAGUGCUGGUAGUCCUGAUCACCACAACCACAACCACAUACACAAGCCCACCUCAGAGCACAGUAAGUUGGGCCCCACCAUGAGGAGGUCCAUGGACGACCUGUCAGCACCGCACCAUCACAGGAGCAUCCCCAAUGGACUCAAUGAUUCCUCCUCCAACUACAUCAGGCAGCUGGAGACUAAAGUGCGGAUCCUGGAGGACGACAACAAUAAGCUUCUCUCUCAGGCUUAUAGCCGGUAUAGCUUAUCACAGAUACCGAUGAAAAAGCAGUGCAACCCAGGUGACCUUCGCGCCCUGAGGAAGGGAAUGACCCUCUACCACUCAGAGUCCCAGCUGUCCUCGCUGCCUCAACGCCAGGACGCCAUGCACAUGGGUACGGGCCGUCUCCCAACCAGUGAGUCCUCUCCUGCCACAGGUUACCUGUCCUCCGUCCAGAAGCCUGAGGCUGUGGUGCAUGCCAUGAAGGUGCUGGAGGUCCACGAGAACUUGGACAAGCAGCUUCCCGAGGACUAUGAGGAUGAUCUCAGCGAGAAAGAGAAGGCCAUCGUGCGAGAGAUGUGCAACGUGGUGUGGAGAAAGCUGGGUGAUGCAGCAGGAUCAAAGCUGUCCAUCAGACAGCACCUCUCUGGGAACCAGUUCAAAGGGCCGCUGUAGCAUGGCAACCAGCGCGAAACAGAGAGAGAGAAAGAUCAGGAUCAACAGUACCUACACUCACCUGAAAACACCUCUUGCUAUCUGCGCCUACACAACCCAUCAUGCCGUGCUCCCUACUGCGUACACCACCCAGGAUUCCUUCUACAAACACUCUCUUAAAGACUGGCUAAGAUAGCUACUAAAUGGACCUGUUAGUUCUGCUACUCACAUGUACAACGUUACGUGUUCAACAGGUUUUUAUCUCCGAGCUUAUUAAGCGUUGACAACUGGCAGCUAGUUUCGCACAGAUUCACCACAUUUUCUUCGUUGAUUUGGAGGCUUUAGGCUACACACAAUGAUCUCUCUCUGCAAACAGGAUACUCCAGGCUCAAAUCAAAGCUAUUAAUUCACACCAUGUAUUGUCCUUUUUAGAGAAUAGCUGUGCUACAAUAAGUUAAGUGACACAACACGGUUUCAAGCACAGAACAGACGAGAAGGAGGCAGAAAUCUCGUAGCAUGUUGCCCGGGAUGUGAAGGCAACAUCGUGGUGGUAUCUUCAGAUAAGUUUUGAUAGUACCUCCUGUAGAGACCCUAGCUCCUGUCACAUAUAUCGCUCCCCUAGUGGUCAACGAGUAUAACUAGCAUUAGCAUUCUAAAGUGUUAACUAAGUGAAACCCACUGUGACCUAGCGCCUUUUGCUCAUAAGACAAGUCUAUGGAUAAUUAAGUCUAGAGAUCACUGUUAACUUGUGUAUAUUAUGUAUAAAAACCAUAGCACUACUUCAUUGUUAUUGUUGAUUUUACUUUUAUCUAUUUUGUAAUUCUAGCGUGGCCAUGUGAUCAAUAAUUUAGUUUGAAAAGCACACACACACCGGACCUUUUUAAACAGGGUUUGCUUUUGGUAUUAAAAUUCUUUUUUUUUUUUUUUUUUUUCUUGUUCCUUUUCUUUUCUCUUUUUUUAUUCUUUUCCAGAUGAAUUGCUAUUAUUCCUUCUCUCUGUAACCUCUGAAAAUGUAUUAAGGCCAUUCUGAAUCAAACCAUCUCAAUGAGUUAAUGGGUAGAAAUUUUUCUUACUUUUGAAUUGUGAAAUUAACUAAAAAAUUGUAUGCUGUGUGCAUGCUUGACAAUCAUUUUCUCAGGUUGGGAGGGCUACAGCUUUACCUUUGCCCAUCUGUGACAGCGCAAGUGUGUGUGUGUGUGUGUGUGUGUGUUUGUGUGUGAGUGAAAGGAGACUGAAUGGCUCUCUUGCAGCUGUAGCAUCUACCUGUGAAUCCUCUUUUUCUCUAUUGAACCCUUGUUACAACACGGUUGAAGACUGCUGAAGACAUUUGCUGAAUCCAUACACAGUACAGAACUAGAUUUUAAUGGCCAAAUGCUAAAGUUUGUGGGAAGGCUUGCACAAAAAUUCAGCUCGGGUUAAAUUUUCAGUUUUAUUUCACAGAUGGAAGGAGAAAAAAAAAAAGUUGUUUUUUCUGAAGUUAACUCCCUUGUUCUGUUGUCAUGGCUUCAGCAGGUGUGUUUAUGCAGUGCAUGUUUUCUUAAAAGUUGAUUUUUUUUUUCUCCGUAGAAUGUGAGAGAUAAGUCUUCCCUUAGAUGUCUCCAGAAAAAAAACACUAACAUUUAUGAUGAGUAUUUCUUGAUGUCAGAAUGAACAAAAACCUUGUUUGUCAAAGUAUUUAUUGCCAGGUGUCAGAUAGAGAUGGGAGCGCUAUCAGUAACCGUAACAGUCAUAGGUUGAAUUUAUCAGACUAACUCUGCCUACUGUGAAGCUAUCUGAUAAAUAAGUAUAGUGACUGGCAGCUUAAGCUCUCCCAUCUCUAGUGUUGUUCCAAAUUAGAACAUUUCUGAGGCUGCCCACCAUGCACCUCUGUUCUCUCGAAUGGGUCUAAAGAAACAAAUCAAAGUGUGUUGGGGUUUUUUUUUUUUUUUUUUUUUAAGUGCCCUUUUUUCUAGGAACUGAUUUGAAGCCAUGAUACAAUUUUGAAUAUUUGGUUUGAAACGUGCCACUUUUUUUUUCUCUGCAUGGUGUUUUGAUUUGGAACCUAACUGCUCUUUUUUUUUUUUUUUUUUUAAAGAAAAAGCAUCUCUACUGUUUUUCUUUUCUUCUGCCUAUGUACUACAAACCACAGUACAGAAUCCUAGAAUCUACAGUGUAAAUGUCAAUUCCUGUAGUAACUAGCAUGACUGUAACUUCUUUUAAUGAAUUUCACUAAUGAGGUGACUAUUGGCAGGUGACACGAAAAAGAUGAAAUAGGCCACUUUUAGAAAAAUUUGGGAGAAAAUAAAUAAGGUUGGUUAA